AUGAAUUUGCAAGACUUUUUGGCCGCGGAGUCCGACUCCGACCGCGAUGACCUGGUAGAUCUCCGCGCCCUUGAUUUCGUCUCAAGCUACGAUUCACAUUUGAUGUGUCCGAUAUGCCACUGUCCCUUUGUCCAACCUGCGCGACUGCAAUGCGAUCACGUUUUCUGCCAAAAAUGCUUGCGAUCGGCUAUCACCACCUUCCAUUCGGCCGACUCGGACGAGUUCCCGUGUCCCUCUUGCCGAACCCCCACAAGCCGAGUCUCGACGAAUGUGCCCCGCCUAUUGAUCAACAUGUGCGACGAGAUUCAAGUGCGAUGUCCUUUAGCGACAGAUGGUUGCGAGGAGGUUGUGCCGCGAGGCCAUGUCCAGUCGCACGUGGAUAAAUAUUGUGGUUAUCGGCUUGUGCCGUGCGCGGAUAGUUCAUGCGAAAAGAAAACCCGGAAGAAAGAUCUGCCUCCAGAACCGAGAUGCAUGCAUAGCUAUUGUCGAUGUUCUCGCUGUGAGGAGGAUUUGAUGGAGCAGGAUUUUGACGAACAUGACAAGGAACUGUGCCCGAGCCUGGAAACAACCUGUGUCGAUUGUGGAACUACUAUCCCACGACGAGUGUUGAAGAAACAUAUCGAAACUUGCCCUGACGUUGUGAGCCCUUGCGCAGCAUCUAAGUAUGGAUGUUCAGUGAAGAUCAGACGCGCCGACAUUGCGAUACACGAGAAACAGUGCCCGCUAGUCUCAAUUGGGCCAUACUUUGAGGCCCAGAAUACUCGACUGAAUUCCCUAGAGCUGACUAUGCGGCAUCUUCAACAACGCAAUGAAAUUUUCGAGGAUGGGAUGUUGAAUAUUCGGUCUAAACUUCUCGAGUCCGCGCGUACAACUGAACGAAAUGGCGGAAGGUCCGUCACUUACGGGGAAAGAGGUCAGCAACCUCGAAACGAUGAUGCAGAAGAGUCUACAGACCGCUCAAACAUCUUUUCUUCAAAUGCCACCACAUACUUGCUCUCUCUCCACGAGUCCCUGCGAGAGGAAGUUAGUCAAAUGUCACACGCUCUCACCGAUCUCGAUGCUCGUGCAAGCAUGACGAUCAUGAACGAAUGCUUGCGGAUCAAAGAAGAUAUGGCCCACACAAACGCCGCUGUCAACAGCGUACGGAUGCAGGUGCAGUGGCUGAUGAACCCCCGACUUCACAAUGGAGCACGGGCUGCAGGCAUGCGCACCAACGCAACCGGCAACGAGCCAGCUCGGACUCCGUUGACCUCAACUUCGGCGCCUGGGCCGAGCAACUCUGCUGGGCCAUCUUUGGGGCCACUACGACCGCGUCGACCUAGCGAUACUGGGCGCGAAGGAACCAAGCUUUAA